AGUCUGCUUAAGGCAAGAUAAACGAAGUUACAGCGAGCAGUCGCUUCUGAAGCGCAGGAGAAACGAAGCAGCAUUGCUUUUAAAAAAGACCGAUUACGUCAGGGGAGGAAGUCCGUGGCAAGAGGCAGUUUAGAGCAAACAAGUGUUGAAACGGGACAGUUGGCAACCCUAUAGUGAUGGUACACAUAGUGUUUAGUAAUGCUGACCUCUGAGGGCUUCCUCCUUGCUAUAUGGGACUUCAGUCCUGCUUCUAGGAACCUGAUACAAACUAUCCUAUAGCAUUGCACUUCGCACUUGCUGCAUAUGGAGAUAGCACAGACACUGAGUUCUGCUCCUCAGAGUAAGGUUGCUAAAGAAGAUUCCCUUAAGCUUGUGGAAUCAUCCCAAAAGAAGCUGGCCUCUCUGGGGGAACAGUGCAUUGCCUGGGUCCUGGACGAAUGCAUCCAGAAAGUGUACAUUGUGUUGCAGCUUCCCAAGCUGCUGGUCAGUCUUGAAGGGGUGUUGAUAGAGUUGGGAGAGGAGUUGGUGGAAGCUCUGAAGGAGCAUCAGCAAAUUGAAGACACUCUAGGUGCCCAGCAGCUGAAGUACCUGGAGAAAGAGACAGAGGAGAGGCACGCUGAGAUGGCCAGGCUGGAGCAGGGGUUGAGGAGUUCACUCAAGAACAUUCUCCAGCUCCUGUUUGCCAACCCAGCAGCUAUGCAGAUGUUGCAAAGCAGAACUGUUUCCAUGGCUUCUCAUCAGCUGGUCCAGGGGCUGAAGAAAUUACAUGACCUUCUAUUGGAAAAACUUCUUAUACGCCCAGGGGAGGAGUGGGAGAGGAACCAAAAUUUCAAGGAAGUAGCACAACAGCCCAGAAGCAGCAUGGAGCUGGUCUCCUUGCUGGAAGCAGAGGUGACAAAUGCAGCUCAAGAUCGGGAUGCUGAGAUUUCAAAUAAGAAUGAGAUCAUCUACAACUUGAAGACCUCCUUGUACCACAUGAAGAAGAGUAUGUUAGACUUUGUGACACAUACUCAAAAUGAUGCUGAGAAACAGAGCCAAUCAGACAAGAAGAUAUCAGAAGGGCGAUGUGUACAGCUACAGCAGGAGGUUAACCAGCUGCACAUACAGCUGAGCAACCUGAUCGCAGAAAACCACGGAUAUGAGACAGUCCUCAGAAAGAGGGUAUACAAGAUUGAAAGUGAAACUGAAAACUGGAUCCAAAAGUAUGAUAAAGACAUAAGUGAAAAACAGGCUGAGCUAGAGGAGCUGUCCUCACUCUAUGUUAAGGAGAAGGGGGAACUGCAAGAGCUGGAAGAGCACUAUGCCCUGCUUGAGGUGGAGUUCCUACAAAUCAUGGAGGAAAAGAGGCUUGCUAACCAGCAAGAGGAGGAGGAACAGCAAGAUCUGGCUGUGAAGAGCCAUGCUGCCCUGAUCAUCCAAGCCUACUGGAAAGGCCACAGAGUACGCAAGAUGAUGAGGGUUAAAAGCAAGCACAAAAAAGGAAAGAAGGGAAAGGGAACCCCUACCCGAGUCCGGACUGGGGAGUCUGCACUGCCCCAGUGUUAAUCCAACCUCGACCGGAGCUUCCUUUUGAAGUCGAGGUGGACACCUCCAAAGCCGGAGUGGGGGCUGUGCUGAUCCAACGAGAUCCGGAGACCGGACACCGGCAGCCCUGUACCUAUUUUUCACUUUGACCCCCCUGAGAGUGAGGAAAAGGAUUAUCCUGUUCUGGACCGUCCUGCUUCAUCGCGUCCAUUACCUGGGGAUUGGAGGAGACCAUUAAAGCGGAGAACGAAACCUGUGCUCUACCAGUGGGUUGUCCACCUGAUUUGUUGUACGUAUCGCCUUCGCAUCGCCAGGAGUUUCUUAGGUGGAUUCACGCGCAAUCAGGAACCGGGCACCCCGGAGUAUCGGCUACCCAACGUUUGCUCUCCCGCCGGUAUUGGUGGCCCGGUUGGCGCCGACAAGUACAAACCUUCGUAGACAGUUGUCCAGACUGUGCUAGAUAUAAGUCCUCUUCCCUAAGUCCCGCAGGUCUUCUCCAGCCGUUGCCUGUUCCCUCCAGACCGUGGUCACAUAUUGCUAUGGACUUCAUCACGGACCUCCCUCGGUCUUCGGGUAAGACCGUGAUUCUCACCCUGGUCGAUCGGUUCUCCAACAUGUGUCGGCUGGUAGCCCUCCCGAAGCUACCCUCCGCCGUCGAACUCGCAGAGGUAUUAAUAAAUGAGCUCUUCCGUUUCACAGGCAUCCCGGAAGAUAUUGUAUCAGACCGAGGACCUCAGUUUGCCUCUAGAGUAUUCAGAGAAUUCUGUAGAAAAUUUCAGGUGUCACUAAUCCUUACCUCAGCUUACCAUCCCCAGGCGAAUGGGCUUGCUGAACGCACGAACAAAGAGAUGUCCAAAGCCAUUCGCCUAUUAUGCCGAACUACUGUAGCAAGCUGGUCCUCUCAUCUGGUGUGGGUGGAGUACUCCAUCAAUUCUAGGGUGAGUCCGGUAACAAAACUGACGUUUCAGUGUGUGUUGGGCUUUCAGCCCCCCCUGUUCCCCUGGGACUCACCUUCCGGAGCAGUGCCUAGAGUGGAUGACUGGUACCAAAACUGCAAACGCGCCUGGCGCCAGAUCAAGACCUCCCUCCGAACUCAAGCUGAUCGGCACAAGGCUCAAGCAGAUCGAAACCGACGACCGGGGUUCCCCUAUCGCGUGGGACAACAGCCCUCUGCGCCCCGCAUCCAAUGCUGCUGAAGAACCGCUUCCUCCGGUGGCAGACAAUGGAUCGUCGACUCGGAUUCAUGCCCUCCGGGAUUCGAGGAGACGGCGGGGAAAGCUGCAAUAUCUUGUCGACUGGGACGGUAACAGUCCGGAUGACCGUAGUUGGGUUCCAGCCUCCGCGGUGACGGACCCGACGAUGAUAGCGGCUUUCCAUCAGGCACACCCGACUAAACCUAGUCCCCGUCCUAGGGGGCGCCCUCACAAGCGCUGUCGGCCUCCCGGAGGCGGCCGUCGGGAGGGGGGGUCUGUCACGCCCACAGGGGCGGGGUCAGACAAACGCAAUCCGGCGACACACGAUUAGCCACCUAUAUAAACUGAAUGCCCCAGAACUACGUUGCGAAGUAUUGAGCCGAUGUUAAGACGCCGUACCAAGUAAUCUUCUUGUCUCCAGUCUGCCCGGUUACCCCUGCCUCACCUGUCUCCUCCUUGUGUUAUCCUGACCUUCUCUCAUUCCUCUCCCAGACCAGCUCCCGCCCGUAACCCACCUGUCCUGCUGAGCCCGGCGUCCUCUGUUCCCCGUUCCCAGUGUUCCUUGUCUCUGUGCCUACUUUUCGCACGGAUUAUCCUGGCAACGAACCCAUCUCCCGAACUACGACCUCAAUUUCUGCGCACCCCUUCAGCACCUACGCAUCGGUCUGCAGCUAGGGACCUCAUUCCCGAGUCCGUGGCUCCAGCCGGGACUUGCCGCUCCGAGGCGGCUGCACCCCUUCUUAGGAGAGGGCUGCCCCCUGUUGCCGCUUACCUGUAUUUUGCCACAUUAAAGCCUUCUGUUCCCUGCAUCCCUGGAUCUCUGCUUCCCUUUCUGCCUAGACGUGACACUGUUUCAUAUGUUUUAUAUUUUCUGUUUACUUAUUUUGUCAUGUGAGAGUGAGACAAAUUAUCGUUUACGACUACUGUUACGCACUGUAGCCUAAAUCAUUCCUUGCUCACUGAAGUAAGCUUAACAGCUGGGGUGGAUCCAGUUGUCGUGGUGCAUGUUGACACCAACGAUAUAGGCAAGGGUAGGAGGGCUGUAGCCUAAUUGUCGGUGUUUGUUACAGAGCACCUAAUGUAGAU